GCAGUAUCUCGCAUCCAUCCAAAGAUUUCCACAUCCGAGUUCCAGAUGCCGCCUGUACUUUUCUUUGAAUAGCCCGGCUUCCACCGAUCGAUCGGGGAAUAAGACGGCCACCAUAAUUCCGGAGCCGUGACCCUUUCCCCGUAUCAUCCAAAAAUUCAAGCAAAUUCCUGGAAGCCCGCUCCCAAUUUCGCAAUGGCGGACAGCGGCAAGAAGAGGAAGCACAGGGACGAUGCUGGCGCUGAGACCAAGCAGAAGAAGAAGAAGGUCGCCACAGAAUCUGAGAAGUCUCAGUCAAAAAAGAGCGCCAUCAAAGUCAGCUCCGUCAUUCAACCGAAAGCGUCUCCCCCAGUAGUUGCCACGGCCACGGGUAUUUCGGUCUCGAAAGAUACCAAGUACAACACAUACUCUCGACCAUCCACGAAACGAUCCAAAAAUGGCACGAACGAUCUCCUCCUCCACUCCACGAGCCACAGGACUGUCGACUACACAGCGCGGGAGGACAAGCCAGCAGUCGGGGCAGGGCAGCCGCUUCUGAAACAUUACAUAGGGGUAUACGACCCGGCCAGCGGUCAAUUGCAGCUGGUCGAGGCGAAGAAGAUGGCAAUAAGGGGCUCUGUCCGCGCUCAGCAGGCACCUGAGGAGGACAUGCAGUCGCGGAAGCUGAAACAGACGAUGAUGAACCUGAAGGCGGAUCUAGGUCAGACCUUCGGUACCAAGAAGGCGAAGAAGGCGCUCGCAGCGAUCACGGAAAACGCCAUCUCCCCGCGCAAGGCGCAGGGCGGCGACGCACCUCAGACACUCGACGCCUCGGACAAGGCCCUCAUGGCCUCCAUCAAGGACGUCACGCUGAGCGUGGCCACAAAGGAAGAGCUGCAGAACGCGAUGGACGCUGCCAAGCCGGUGCCGCGGGGCAACUACGACGCGGAGGAGAUCCAGGACGUCUACAAGCCGGAGCAGCUGAUCGGGAGGGACAUACUGGAGCUGAUACAGGUGAACGACUGGGCCGAGGCGGUCAAGAACAACGAAGACGUCCAGCUGCGGUCGCGGUUCGUGGCGCACCGGAUCAACCGCGUCGGGUCGGGCGAGCAGUCGGUGCUGCGCCUGCGGGUGCUGCGGUACCUCUACUUCCUGCUGCUGCUGUACGUGACGGCCAAGAAGGGCAGGGAGAGGGGCACCAGGGAGGUGCUCAAGAAGGACAAGCUCAGCGAGGAGUUCGCCCCGGCGCCGCCGCCCGUGGUCGAGGCCGUCCGCCGCAGGUUCUCGGACAACGGCAUCAUGCGCAAGCAGCACAUCGACCUGCUGGUCACGCACUGCUGCGCCUUCGCGUCCAUCAUCGACAACUUCGAGACGAACACGUGGGACCUUAAGGAGGACCUGCACCUCGACCAGAAGCAGAUGAGCCAGUACUUCAACGAGAUCGGCGCCACCAUCAAGCGGGUCAAGGCCGAGGGGAGGAUGGACUGCAUCGCGCGGCUCAAGCUGCCGCUUGAGUUUCCCAAGAUCAGGCAGAUGAGGCGGUAGAUAGGGGCUGGGCGAAAACAAUCCAGUGUGUGGCCGGGGGCCGAUAUUCCUGUGGCAUUUGCGGUGCGGCAUACGGCUGGUUGGGAAAAUUGCAUAUCAACUACGCAGGAGGGCACUCCAUCAUAGCAUUUGGUGAAACAUCCACCACCAGUAGGUGGGUGAAGCCAUGUCAUUCAGGCCAAAGCUAGCUCUCAAACGGAAUCGAGACACGGGCGAACUGCUUGCUCACUUA